UCAGUUCACUAAUAUGGCGAUGUCCUUAUGUGUAGUGCUUUAAAACUAUUUUAGGGUGAAAUUAAUGAUUAAAUUGAGACACAAUGUUUAAAAAACUGAAGACUAAAAUAGCUGAAGAGACUAGCAAGUCUCCAGGGCGAUUGAAAACUCCAGGAAAUACGCCGAAACAGGAUGGUGAUGUGUCUGCAGAGAACAAUACACCCUCAUCGUCCCAGCAAGAUACUCCUCAUAGACCCAGGAACACCCUUAACAGUAGAAGACCUCAGCCUGCUCUAAAACUAAAAGAUGAAGCUGCACCAGAGUCUGAGCAAGGUCAGUCGGAGCAGACGACAGACACAGAAAGUAUGGAGGAUGCUAAAAGUCAGGCUGAAGAACAGCAGGCUCAGUCAACUCCAGUAAAAACAUCCAAACAAGAUCUUCCAGCUCCAAGCCCAUUCUUCCCAACAUACCAGACGCCUCAGAAGAUGUAUCAAGCUCCUUCUGACACUGAGAGUGAGAUUGACGAACCACUGGUUAACCUUGAUGCUUUCACCAAGGAAGAGCUGUUGCAGAAAUUUCAGAAGGUUGAGAAGAAAGUGACAAGAUACAAAGGAAAAUUUAUUGAUGUGGUAAAUGCAUACAAAGAACUUCAGAAAGAGAAUUCUAAAAUUAAGACAAUUAUGACACAAAGUCAAGACAAAGCCCUGAGGAGGAUAUCAGAACUGAAAGAGGCGGCACAGUUAGACCAGCAGGCUAAGCAGCAUCUGCAACAGAACUUUGACUUGAUGCUGGAGGAAAAGGAUGAGAUGAUUAAUGUGCUUCAGACACAGGUUGGCUUGUACAAGCAUGGUGUUGUACCAGUCAGUGAAGGGGUGAAAAAUGCCCAAGGAGGGGAUGCCCCAGAUGCCAAGGCUCCAGUCGCUGUAGAUCCAGAAGCCAAUCAAGUUUUGAGAGAAAAAGUAAAGCGGUUGGAAGUGCUACUGACAAAAUGUAAAGAAACAAUGAGAAAUAAAAAAGACAAGAACCAUGAACUAUCAAGUGAAUUAGAGAAAGCAGAAAAACAACUUAAGGAAAAAAAUGAAGAAAUGGAGCAACUGAAGACUCAGCAGGAAAUGGAGAAAGUAAAAUUUUCUGAACAACUGAAGAAAGCGAAAGAAAUGAUGGACCAGGUAGAAGGAGAGAAAGCUUUGGCAGUUGCUGAGACCAAGCGACAAAUGCAUGAAGAUCUUGAAAAACAAGAGGAACAGCACUCACAACUGCGAGAGAAAGUGAAGGAGUUAACAAGUGAGCGAGAUGCAACUGAAAGCAAUAAACUGGAAUUAGAAAAGACAGUUCAAGAACUUACAAUACAACUACAGACAGCAGAGAAACGUGGUGAUGAGGACAAGCAAAACCUGGCGCAAGAGUUGUCCAGGGGUAAGCAAGCCGUCGUCACGCAUUUCCAGGAAGAAAUGGAAAAACUUAAAAUAGAAUUACUCAAUGAGAAGGAGGCAGCUAUUAAUGAGAAAAACCAGCACUGGGAGACUGUCAUUGCCAAGAAAGAAGAAAUCUACAAAGCUGCCAUGUCCAAUAAGGAAAAAGAGCAUGAGCUGGCAGUACAGAAUUUGGAAAUUGUGCAUAAAAACCUUUUGAAAGAGAAAGAAUCUGAUAUGAUGAUGGCUAUUGAGGAAAGAGAGCUUCAAAAGAUGGCUGCUGUUAGUGCUCAAGAUAACAAAAAGGACGAGUUACAGAGAAUUAUUGACCAGAUGAAAGCUGAGAAACUAGAAUUGGAAAUAUCAGUUCAGCAAUUGAAAGAGACCUCAAAAGAGGAAAUUAAAGAAGCUAACAGUAAACUGGAGGAAGUCAUUGAGAAGAGCAAGAAUGCAAUUGCUAAACAAAAAGCCCAACACAAGAAAAUUGUGCAGGAACUGAAUGAGAAAAACGAUGCAGAGAUGCAGUCCAAGGUUGAGGAUUUGCAGAUGCAGCUUAAUACACGCAUAGAAGAGGCUCUCGAGCAACAGAGGGUGAUGGUUGACAAAACCCAACUGGAAGCAGAUUCUGAACUAAAGGCCAAAGUCGAGGAUAUGAGUCGUUCACAACAAACUAUUGUCCAGGAGAAAAUGGACCAACUGAACAAAUUAAACACAACUGUCACAGAAUUGAAGCAAAGGAACCAGAAACAAGCUCAGGAGUUAAUAGAACGUGGUAAAAUCAUCUCCACGUUAGAGGCUAACAUCAAGGAUACUGAAACCAAAAGUCAGAUUGAGAAAGAUGACUGGAAAAAAGAGGAGGAGAAUUUGAGGGACCAACUUGAAAAAUCACAGCAUAGCUUUGAGAUAGUUCAACAACAACUUGAAACUGCAAUAAAAGCAAAAGAAGAAAAAGUAACUGAACUGGAUGUAAAAUUGAAUGAAGUUUCUGAACUGAAUGUAAAAAAUUUGAAGGAACAUGCAAAUGCUGUAGAGAAAUAUUCCAUAGAAAUCAAUGAACUAAACCAGAAAGUGAUUCAAUUACAGCAAGAGGCAGAGAGGAAAGAGACAGAAUAUCAACACAAAGUUGACGAAUAUAAACAGAAAUUGAUUUUCCAGGAAGAGAAUUAUGAAAAAGAAACAGCUCGUAGAAUUGAGAUGCUUGAAGUUCAAAAACAAAGUUCAGUUGAUGAGGUUGCAGGAGAUCUUGGAAAGAAGUUAACAGACGCAAAUGAAAUGAUUGGGGCGAGUGAGAAAACAACACAGGAACUUAAAUUGAAAGAGAAAGAACUUGAAAACUCAUUGGCUUUACUGCAAACGAAGUAUGAUAAUGAUCUGAGUGCUGCAAAUGAUGCCCUUGUGAAAGAGAAGGACAGAUAUGUUGAAAGUGUGGAAAAAUUAGAGUUAGCACUUGAAGGUGCUAACAAACAAAACAAAACUUGCUCAGAAGAAUUAAAAGUUUCUAAAGAAACUGCCAAUGAAAAGGACAUUCAGUUAGGGAAAUUGCAAGAAAAUCUAAGUUCAUUAGAAAAGACACACAAAUCAGCUCAGUCUGAACAUGCUCAAAUUGUUGCCAGGUUUGAAGAACAAAUACAACAAUUUGAAGGGGAAAAACAAGUAAGUGUAGAAAAUAUCAGCGAUUUGGAGAAACUGGUUAGUGAUUUAAAAUCAGAUGUUGCAACAGCACAUGAACAAUUAGAACAAGAAAAAGAAGAGUCUAAAAAACGAUCAGAGGAAACAGAUUCAUCUAUGGAUAAAUUGGAAAAAACUAUAGAGGAACAGAAGCAGAAGAUUCAGCAACUUGAAAGUUUAUCUAAUUUAGUUGAAGAGAAGGAUGGACAAAUAAAACAACUGCAAACUCAAGUACAGGAAAAUGAACAGUCACUUUUUGCUUUGCAAAAUCAAUUGAAAGAGGCCAUUGAAAGGGAAUCGGUACUUAAUUCAGACAUUGUGAAUUUAAAAGAAAAACAUGAAUUAGAAUUAAAUGAGACGAUGGCGAUUAAUGAUGCAAAAAUGAAGAGUGCAACAGAAGAAUUUUUAGAAAAAGAGAAAACUUGGGCAGCUAAGCAUACUAGUCAGAUUGAGGAUAUAAAAUCACAAGCUAAAGCUAAGAUAUCACAGAUAGUGCAAAGAGAAAGAGAAGCAGCCAAGCAAAAAGAAAAUGAAUUAGAAGAAAGAGUACAACUGAAAGAAGAAGAAAUGAGAAAGAUGGAAGAAACCCUUAAUUUAAAAACAACUCAGGUAUCAGAGGAACUGACAGGAAGAAUUUCAAGCCUACAGGAACAAAAUCUUCAACUUAAACAGCGUAUACAAACAGAUGCUGAAGAACAAAAUGAAAAAAUAUCUACAAUUAAAAAGGAACAUGAUGAAGAAAUGAAUAAAUUUAUUGAGGCAAGUCAGAAAAAACUUGCUGAAAGAGAAGAAGAGUUCUCCAAACAUUUCUCUGAUCUAAUGAAAGAGAAGAAGUUAGGAGUUGAAGAUGUGACCACAAAAAUGGAGAUUAUGCACCAGGAGACCAUAGAGUGCCUUAAGAAAGAGCAUGAGGAAGACACAAGCAAGAAGGAUGCAACUCACAAAAAACAGAUGGCUGAUCUCAGAGAGCAAGCUAAGUCUAAGAUUUCUUCCUAUAAAACCAAGCUUCAGGAGUUGAAUGAUAACAACACCCAACUUAAAAAGGCUCAUGACGAGAACAUUAAAAGCCUUACAAAGGAGUUUGACGAGAAAUUUGUUUGUAAGGAAAAGGAGUGCGAAAGCAUGAUUAAGCAACACAACACAGAAAUUGAAGAUCUGAAAAAGAAACACAAAACUAAUAUGGAACAGCUGGAGCAGCAACACUUUGAGAUGAUGGAAAACAUGGAAAAAACAUAUUCAAAUAAUGUGGAAUCAAUCCGUAUGGAGUCCCUGCAAGCAGAUGAGAUGCAGAAACAGCAUGAGUUAGAGAUGAGAGAUCUGUGUCAGAAAAAUGCAACCACAGUUGCCAAGUUAGAGGAACGUAUACAAGAGCUUGUGGAGACUGAUCUUGAGAACCAGGCUGAAUUGAAAGAGGCUAACUUCCGUGCCGAAUGUGCUGAAAAUGAACUUGUGGAGUUAAAGACAACUUCCAAAUCGAAAAUGGAUGAGCUCGAGGAAGAACUAAAAAAUUUACGAGCUACAUUUGAAGAAGAAAAAAGAACCUUGGAACAGGAUAUUAAAGAAAAAGAAAGUAUAGAUCAGUUAAAUGCAUCCAAAUUAGAGGAGACUCUCCAGUCAAGGAUCAAUGGUAUGGAAUCAGAAGUAAAAGAGUUAACAUUAUCAAAAGAAAAACUAAUGGUUGAGAUGCAAGGUACUCUGAAAGAAAGAGAUGAAAAAAUAGAAGAAUUAAACAAGCAAAUUCAAGAGAUAACCGUUUCACUUGAGGCUGAAGGCAAGGAUAAACUGGCUGAGUUAAAGAAAAAGGCAGAAGGCAAAUUGAAACAAAUUAAGAAUCAAUUUACCACUGAACUUGAAGCUAAACAGAAUGAACUUCUAGAAAAAGAUAAAAAAAUAGAAUCUAUAGAAGGCAAUAAUCAGGAAAUGAUUGCUGCACUACAAGCGCAGAUUAAAGACAACGAGCAGCGUCAUCAGAAUGAGAAGGAUGAGUGGAAAAGAAACUUAGACGAAGAAAAGGUUAAGCUGCAUGAACAGUCCCAACAAAUUGUUGAAGAAAAUAUUAAAGUUGCUAGAGAGAGUCUCUUGGGUGCUGAAGCCCAGCAAAAGGGUGCUGAAGAUAGAAUAAAAGAAAUCACAGAAUCUAUGAAAGUCAGAGAGGAUGAGUUGGUGAACCAAAAUGAAAAACUGAAGGAAUGUCACGAGAAUAAAAUAACUGAAAUGGAAAAUAAGUUUGACAUACUAUUAAAGGAGAGACAGAAAGAGUGUGAGGAACGAUUACGUGAAAUGCGUUUGGAGUGCGACAGUCGUCUCCAGGACCAAAGCAUAGAGCACGGACAGAAAGUGAAGCACUUACUUAAAGAGGUCAACAUGAAAAUGGCUCUGAAAGAUCAAGAGAUGCAACAAAGUUUACGACAGGUUAUAGGAAAAGGUCAAUCAGUUGAGGUAAAGAUGGAGAAAGAGCACACAGAGAUGAUGCGAGAACUUCAAGAGACCAUUGAUGAUCAGUCACGCGAGUUGGAGACAGUGUCAGAGACUUAUGAAGAACAACUUAAGGAGAUUCGAGAGGAGUUAAAAGAAACUAAGACACAGUAUGAAACACGAAUAAAUCAGCUGCAAGUUGACCACAAAUCGCAACUUAACGAGAUUGAGUUCCGCCUGGAGCACAAUGAAUCACAACAUCAGAACGAACUGGAAGAACUAGACUUGCGAAUGACACAGACAUUGCAAGCUAAGAUCGAUGAAUUGAAUGAAAACCAUCGGCAAGAACUUGAAGGACUUCACCAGGGUUCAUUAUCGAAAUCUAUCCAGCAGUUGGACCCAUACUCCCCUGCAAACCAACCUACCAACAAUUCUGCUCUUCUGGAUGAAUUGCAAGAUCAACGAGGUCAGCUAGCUGAACUUCGAUUACGGGAGAAGCAACUGAUUGAGGAGAUCAAUUUAAUGAAGAAAGCGAGCUCAGACAAUGGGCCUAGCAAUCCAUGGCCUGAAGGUAUUCCCUUACAAGAACCCACAGAAAUUGAAUACCUUAAAAAAGUCCUUUUUGAAUAUAUGAUGGGAAGAGAAACAAAGACAAUGGCAAGGGUCAUAGCAGCUGUAGUCAAGUUCAACCAAGAGCAGACAAACGCAAUUAUUGAGGCAGAGGACAAGAAACCAUCAUCAUCGCUCCACUGAAGGGCUGCCCAUCUCAAACCCUUCCCUGCCAUGUGAAGAAUGCUAUCACCUUGACGAUACUUGUUCCUAUAGAAACGAACCAAAGACAGAGGUGGAAAUUGUCACCAAAGAAACAACAGUUUGAACCAAUGGUAUGUGGUGUUUGUCAUGGUGGUAACAACAAUACCGAAUACCAAUACCACAAUACCAACACCAUAAUAGUUAAUACCAGCAACACAAUGAUAAUAGUAUGAUAUACUGUACUCAAUAUAUUACCUGUAAUAUAACAACAGCAGCACAAUACCAAUAUCAUGGUAUAAAGAUCGCAAUACCAAUACCUUUAUACUAACAGCACAAAGAACACUAAUUUCAGUAAAAUAAAAAAACACCACAAUACCAAACAUUUUUACAAAUAUUACAAUACCAGUACAGUUAGUACCAGCAUCACUAAAUAAUAUCAAAACCCUUGUUCUGUUGUUUUGAAACAUCUAUAAAAUGACAUCAGCAACUAGAUCAACUGUCAAUCAAAAUAUAUAUAGAGGUACAGUUGAAAGUGUAUACUAGUACAAGCUACAUUAGCUUGAAUACAUCUAGUGUUGCUCAUGAUACAAAUUGAUAGUCAUCAUAUAUUUUAAUAGUACAUGUUGUUUCUUUCUGGUCUUUAACAUCUAGAGGUAAAGACAAAAAAGGUAAUUACAGGGUAAUAUAAA